GCUCUGCUGUUUUGCCACCUCUAAGCACUACUGUUCUGUGAAUACAGAACGAAAAAAAAAAUAGUAAACAAAUUUUAUUGGAGGGAAAAAGCACAUUUAGUCGAACAAAAUGAGCGUAGAGGACGAAGUUUUCCGGAUUAAGAAGAAGAUGGACAAGAUAUCAACGUCGAGCGAUGGCACAGGACAGGACCAGGCAUUGGACUUGCUAAAGACGCUGCAGACGCUCAACAUUAAUUUGGAUAUACUGACGAAGACGCGCAUCGGCAUGACUGUGAACGAGCUACGGAAGAGCAGCAAGGAUGACGAGGUGAUCGCGCUGGCCAAGACUCUGAUUAAGAACUGGAAACGUUUUUUGGCUAGCCCGGCACCGGUAACGCCCAACCACAACUCCGCCGGCAAGGAUGGCUCGUCGAACAGCAAUAGCAGUGCCUCUAAACCCUCGAGCGCCGCUAAGUCAUCUUCCUCUAGUAAGGAUAGUAAGUCCGGCAGCAGCAGCUCGUCGAAGGACAAACGCGAGGAGAAGAAACCCUCGUCGUCACAGAGCUCUUUCCCCUCCGGUGGUAUGACAGAUGCAGUUCGUCUGAAGUGCCGCGAAAUGCUGGCCACUGCGCUCAAGAUCGGCGAGGUGCCCGAGGGCUGCGGCGAGCCUGAGGAGAUGGCUGCCGAGCUCGAGGACGCAAUUUAUGCCGAGUUCAAGAACACGGAUAUGAAGUACAAGAACCGCAUCAGAUCGCGGGUGGCAAACCUAAAGGAUCCAAAGAAUCCGGGCCUUCGCGGGAACUUUAUGUGUGGAGCUGUUUCUGCCAAGCAGCUGGCGAAGAUGACCCCCGAAGAGAUGGCCAGCGAUGAGAUGAAGAAGCUGCGCGAGAAGUUUGUCAAGGAGGCCAUCAACGAUGCCCAACUGGCCACCGUGCAGGGCACCAAGACAGAUCUCCUCAAGUGCGCCAAGUGCAAGAAGCGCAACUGCACCUACAACCAGCUGCAGACCCGAUCCGCCGACGAGCCCAUGACCACUUUUGUCAUGUGCAACGAGUGCGGCAACCGUUGGAAGUUCUGCUAACUCCCCCAUCCAAAUCCACAUAUUCUUAAUAAAUUGUAAAGACACACGAAACAUUUUGUAAUUGCUGCCCACAUACGGAGCAUGCGCUUACACACAGACAACCCAAACGAAAAAGAAACUUUCAAUAAACAUGAACUAUUGAUAAAACCGA